AUGAGCAAGAAGAUCCUGGUAGUUUUCGGCGCCACUGGCUUACAAGGCAGAUCUGUGAUCGACUACGUUUGCAGUAACCCGGACCUCUCGAAAAAAUACGCGAUACGUGCAGUCACUCGCGAUGCCACAAAACCUGCUGCUCAGCAGCUGCAGACCCGAGGUGUUGAAGUUGUUACCGGCGACGCGGACCUGCCAGAAUCCCUCCCUGCAGCACUCGCAAACGCGCAUACUGUUUUUAUUGUGACACUCACUAUAUACGAUGAUCAACUCAAAGAACGUGAGCUCCGACAGACCAAGGCCAUGGCAGAUGCCUCCGUCAAGGCCGGUGCAAACUACCUCAUCUAUAGCACGAUGGUUCACGCCGAACGCCUAUACGGACAGAAAGUGACAGCCUUUGACUCGAAGGCGGAAGGAGAGAAUUAUAUCCGUGGUCUGCCAGUGAAAAGUGCAUUUUUCGCCCCUGGAAUGUUUAUGCAGAACUUUCUGGGUCACCAGGCCUUGUUCCCGAUGGCGGAGCAACCGGGCGUAUACGCAUUCACCAAUUUCAUCUCGGGCGAUGCAGCGGUUCCGUUCAUUGAAGCACGAGCGGAUACUGGGAAAUUUAUCGGUGCGAUAUUAGCUAGUCCUGAUAAAUACGUUGACCGAAUUCUCUGUGCAGCAACACGCAUGUACUCCUACACCGAGGCCGCGAGUAUCAUCACAAGAGUGACGGGCAGAAAGACAACCUAUAUUCGACUCUCAGAGGAAGAAUGGGCGAGUUCUUUUGCCCCUGAAAUCUCGAGACCAAGAGUGGCAAUGUUCAAGUUUAUUGAGAAAUCGGGCUACUAUGGAGAUAACUCGAAUGCAAAGGUAGAAUGGGCAUCUGAGCAGGUUUGCGGCGGCCUUACUACAUUUGAGGAAUUUGUGCAAAAGAAUAAUGUUUUUGCCGAAUAA